GAGAGCUCGUGUCGUCAGAGGAAGAAACACGCAGCUGUGAUAACAGUGAUGACAGACAAACUGCAGAAACUCCGAAAGAAAAGACAGCUGAACGUUUACCUGAAGCCGAGAUGGGGGGUCAGGCCUCGUCAGUAGAGGGUGUCCAUGUCGUGGUGGUUGGCGGUGGAUUUGGCGGCAUUGCAGCAGCUCAGCAGCUGAAGUCUCAAGGACUCAACUUCACUCUAAUCGACAUGAGAGACGCUUUCCAUCACAACGUGGCGGCACUCCGAGCGUCCGUCCAGCCCGGCUUUGCUCAGAGGACCUUCAUCCCGUACGCCAACACUUUUGGACACAGUUUCGUUCAGGGCCGAGUGGAGCGAGUGGACACUGACAGACAGAUGGUCGUCCUGCAGGGAGGGAGGGAGAUCCAGUACUCACACCUCAUCCUGUGUACGGGGACCGACGGGUCAUUUCCCGGGAAGUUCAACACCGUGGCAACGUACCAGACUGCCAUCCAGACCUAUGAGGACUUCGUCACACAGGUCCAGGCAGCAGGCUCGGUGCUGGUGGUGGGCGGUGGUUCAACCGGGGUGGAGAUGGCUGCUGAGAUCAAGACAGAGUAUCCAGAUAAGAAGGUGGUUCUGAUCCACUCCAGGAUCGGCCUGGCCGACCCGGAGCUGCUGCCCAGCGUCCGACAGCAGGCCAAGGAGGUUCUGCUGGAGAAAGGAGUGGAGCUGCUGCUGGGACAGAAAGUGUCGAACCUGUCGGAGCUGCAGCUGAACGUCACCUGCAGCAACAUGCUGGUCACCACAGAUAAAGGAGACAAACUGACCACAGAUCUGAUCAUCUGCUGCACUGGACUGAAGGUCAACUCUGCUGCCUACGCCUCUAGCUUCUCUGGCUGUCUGGCUGACAAUGGAGCUCUGAAGGUCAACGACCACCUGCAGGUCAAUGGUUUCUCCAACGUGUUCGCAGUGGGUGACUGCAAUGAUGUCAAAGAACCCAAGAUGGCAUAUCACGCAGGACUGCAUGCCGCCGUCGCCGUUAGCAACAUCGUCAACAGUCUCAGCGCGAAGCCGCUAACAUCUUAUCACACUGGUAACGUCACCAUGUUGCUGGCGAUGGGCCGGGAUGACGGCGUUGGUCAGUUUAAUGGGUUGAAGUUGCCUCGUUGUGUUGUCGCUCUGGGGAAGAGUCGAGAUCUGCUGCUGUGGAAGAGCUGGAGGGAGAUGCAGCAGAAACAACCCUGAUACACAAACUCAUUGAUUCAGUUAUUAAGAGAAACAAAGUUACACAGUUUGUCUCUAUUAAACUUGGAUUGUGUUUGAAAUAGACGAUUACACACCAUAUGUGUCUUUAUUAUCUCUGGUGUUAAUUUGCAGUUCAGACUGAAACUGCUAAAAUCAGCUAUUAAUGCACAUUUACCUCUGAUCUUUAAUAUUUUUACAGUAAAUACAACAACUAAAUUAAGAAAAUGAAAAAGAUACUUUAUUCAGAUUUUUUAAGCAAUAAAUAAAAUAUUUAAAACAUGAACAUCUUGAUGUGGUUUCAUUCAUAAAUAUAUUCAACACAUUUAACAGCAGAAAUCAUAAAUUCAGUGUUCAUUCAGAAAAUCCUGCCGUCAUCUGUCAGCUCUCAUUCAACUUGUUUCUUUAAUAAAAACAGUUUCUCCUGCUGCUCGUUUCCUUCAAACUUCAGACAGAAACUUUCACAAUGAAAAAUAAUAAAAGGACAGAUUGCUGCGGAAGAUCAGGUUUUUACAGACAGCUUCAGUAAAACAAGACAAACUCUCUCUGGUGCAAAAUACCAACAAAUAAGAUGUAUGAGCACACAAUCAUAAACAUUCAAAGUGUGAUUUACAUGAUUGAAAUAAGUGAAAGAUUUAAAGUACAAAGUGAAACACCACAGCGAGUGUUGGGAGACUUCCAGCCACCAAACAGGAGCCAUCAUAUGUCAAAUAAAUACUAAUUAUCAAUAAAUAGAGACGAGAGUUUUCUUUGGUUUCUCAGCUGAAAAUGUUGGAAUGAAAAAACCAGAAAGACUUCAGACAUCGCAUCUUCAUCAAGUAUCAUUUUAACAUCAUGUAACAGAACACUGAAGUGUUUGAGUAGAAACUGAACUCUAUCGUUUUAAUCAGUGAAAAGCUCAGACGACUCAUUGACAUUUUUGCUAGUUAAGUGUGUGAUAUAAGAUAUAUUUAACAGUUAAAGUUGUUGGCAAAUAUUUGUUUCCAGAGUGCAUAUUUGUAGCUUUUGUGGUUUUUAAAGUUAAUAUCUGUAGGAAGAUGUCAUCUUGAGCUCAGGGAACUUUUUUUAUUCUUUUCUGACAUUUUAGACACUAAACGAUUGAUCGAAAACAUUUAAUAAAAUCUUUAGUUGCAGCCUUAAAUAUGUCAAAAUGAGUCAAAUCUCCUGAGUGAUCAGAGUGAAGGAGGCAUCAAAAUACUCUGCUGUAUAUUAAAAUGGGAUCCUCACCUUUAUUUAAUCUUAUUGAACCUCCAGAAGUUA